AUGUCCUGCACGGAUGGUAGACGACACGGAGCACCGACAAAGACGGUGGCCGUGCUCGGCGCAUCGUUUGGUGGUAAGCGCUUUCAUGCUGCGCGCAUCCUUGCCAACGGUCUCCCUGAAGACUGGAGAGUGGUCCUCAUCGACCGCAACAGCCACGUAAACCACCUCUACGUCUUCCCGCGGUACGCCGUUCUCGCGGGCCACGAGCACAAAGCAUUCAUCCCGCCCUCCCACGUCUUCCCCUCCCCACCCCACACCUUCCUCCACGCGCUCGUCACCGCCCUCUCCCCUUACUCACUGACCUACCAACCCCUCGCCUCCCCGCUCUCCCACGGCGCCCGCAUAUACGAAUGCGCGCACCCGUCGCACGGGCUCUACACCUGCCCCGCCGCCGCCUCCCCACACACAUUGCACUUUGACUACCUCGUCUACGCGCUCGGCAGCCGCCUCCCCGCGCCGAUCGACCUCUGGGGCGACGAGCGCGAGCGCCGCGCGGACGAUCUUCACCAGGCCCAGUGCGCGUCGUUUGCGCCAACGUCAUACAAGGGGACAAAGGCCGCCGGGAUCGCGUACCUGAAGCGCAUGCAGGAGCGCGUGCGGGCCGCGCGGAGCGUGCUCGUCGUGGGCGGGGGCGCCCUGGGCAUCCAGUUCGCGUCGGACAUUGCCGCGCUCUAUCCAUCCAAGCAUGUCACGCUCCUGCACUCCCGCCAGACGCUGCUCCCGCGCUUCGAGGAGGAACUCGGCAGAGUCGUCCUCUCAGCCCUCUCAUCCCUCGGCGUGAACGUCAUCCUCGGCGAGCGCGUCGACCUCUCCACGCUCCACACCGAGCGGCACCAGGUCAAGCCUGCGCACCAGCGAGAUCAAGCAGAGGAGGAGGAGGAGCGCGUCGUCAAGACCGUCAAGGGGCGCGAGGUGCGCGCAGAGCUCGUGCUCCUCUGCACCGGCCAGACGCCCAACACGGCCCUCCUCGCGUCCUUCCUCCCCGACGCGAUCGUCCCCGCGGGCGCGCGCAAGGGCAUGGCGCGCGUCAGGCGCUCGCUCCAAGUUGCCGUGCCGCGGCGCGUGCCAGCCCUCGACGACGACGACGACGACGACACCCUGGACGUCCCGCACCCGCACCUCUUCGCGAUCGGCGACGCGGCGGACGCCUUCGGCGCGCUCAACGCGGGGCACAACGCGCACUGGCAGGCGGAGGUCGCCGCGCGCAACAUCCUGCGGCUCGUGCGCGGCGCGCACGCGCACGCGCUCGAGGCGUACGCGCCCGGGCCGCCUGCGAUCAAGGUCUCCCUGGGGCUCACCGACGCGGCGUACCAGAUCAACGGCGCGGUGGGCACGAAGACGGGCUGCGCGGCGGACCUCGACGCGCGCGGCAUGUGGCAGCAUUUCGGGUGGCGGGAGGUGCGCGAGGAGGAUUUGGUGUUGUAGCGUACGGGCCUGGGCGGGGCGGGGCGGGGCGGGCCAACCGCUGCCCGCCAUAGACUAGGGGAUGGGUGUAUGUAGCUGAGUACGGGUAAUGGGAGGCGCGUAGGUGUGACUGUCUGCGUGCAUCAGCGAAAUGGGUCGAACGCGGUGGAAAAGUCCCUCGCAUCCAGUACUCGCUCUCCGUCUUUCGUGAUUCAAGA